UCCUUUCCCCCCCGUAACUCGGUGCAGAGGGAGCGGUGCAAGUGACCGGACGGAGGCCGCCGUUCCCCCUGCGUAGAGUUCACCGAGUCUUUUUCCCGGGGCCUUCCCACCUUCCAUUUCUUCACACACUCGCACGCGGGCGCGCGCAUCUCUCACGUAAGCGAUGCCCUCGGCCACCAGCAGCGCGAUGGCGAGCAGCGGCAGUAAAGCGGGCAACGAGGCAACGGUAGCGGCGGCUUCUUCUUCUCAGGCCGCGGUUUCGGGUGGCACUACGAGUUCGGUGCAGACCGAGGCCAUGAAGCAGAUUUUGGGUGUCAUCGAUAAGAAGCUGCGCAAUUUGGAGAAGAAAAAGAGCAAACUUGAUGAUUAUCAAGAUCGAAUGAACAGAGGAGAACGCCUUAACCAAGAUCAGCUGGAUGCUGUGUCAAAGUACCAGGAAGUCAGUAAUAAUCUGGAAUUUGCCAAGGAACUGCAGAGGAGUUUCAUGGCUCUAAGUCAAGAUGGGAAGGAAAAACCUGUAUGCGGGACAACAUAUAAAGCCCUAAAAGAAAUUGUUGAACGCAUUCUUCAAACAAGUUAUUUUGACAGUGCUCACAACCAUCAAAAUGGACUUUGUGAAGAAGAAGAGACAGCAUCUGCACCCACAGUUGAAGAUUCUGUGACAGAAGCUGAGCCUGAACCAACAGAAGAAUACACUGAACCAAGUGAAGUUGAAUCAACAGAGUAUGUAAACAGACAGUUCAUGUCAGAGGCUCAGUUCAGCAAUAAUGAAAAGGAACAAGUAGACGAAUGGACAGUUGAAACUGUUGAGGUGGUAAAUUCACUCCAACAGCAACCACAGGCUACAUCUCCCCCACUUCCAGAUGCACAUACACUUACAGCUGUAGCUCAAGCAGAUCCACUUAUUAGAAGACAACGAGUGCAGGACCUUAUGGCGCAAAUGCAAGGCCCAUAUAACUUUAUGCAGGACUCUAUGCUGGAAUUUGAGAACCAAGCACUUGACCCUGCUAUUGUUUCAGCUCAGCCUAUGAAUCCACAAACUUUGCAGAUACCUCAGAUGGUUUGCCCUCCAGUUCACGCUGAAUCUAGACUUACACAAACAACCCAGGUUCCUGUACAACCUGAAGCCACACAGGUCCCCUUGGUUUCUUCCACAAGUGAGGGAUAUACAGCAUCCCAGCCCACGUAUCAGCCUUCUCAUUCAACAGAACAGCGACCUCAGAAAGAAUCAGUUGACCAGAUUCAGGCUUCAAUAACCUUAAGUACAGAUCAGACACCAACAUCAUCGCCACUUCCAGCUGCAUCCCAGCCUCAGGUAUUUCAGGCUGCCUCUAGCAAACCCUUGCAUAGCAGCGGAAUCAAUGUUAAUGCAGCUCCAUUCCAGUCCAUGCAAACGGUAUUUAACAUGAAUGCACCUGUCCCUCCUGUCAGUGAGCCAGAAACUCUAAAGCAACAAAAUCAGUACCAGACCGGUUACAGCCCGACAUUCUCCAAUCAGCCCCAUCAAGUAGAACAAUCAGAACUUCAGCAAGAACAGCAGCUUCAGACAGUGGUUGGCACUUACCAUGGUUCCCCGGACCAGUCGCAUCAAGUGGCAGGUAACCACCAGCAGCCUCCACAACAGAAUACUGGGUUCCCACGUAACGGUCAGCCUUAUUAUAACAGCCGGGGAGUGUCUCGUGGUGGAUCACGCGGCACUCGAGGCUUAAUGAAUGGAUACAGGGGACCAGCCAAUGGGUUUAGAGGAGGAUAUGAUGGAUACCGUCCUUCAUUUACUAACACUCCAAAUAGUGGUUACACCCAGGCACAGUUUAAUGCUCCAAGAGACUAUCCCAACUACCAGCGGGAUGGAUAUCAACAGAAUUUCAAACGUGGCUCUGGACAAAGUGGCCCCCGGGGAGCCCCUCGAGGUCGUGGAGGGCCCCCAAGACCCAACAGGGGAAUGCCUCAAAUGAAUGCUCAGCAAGUGAAUUAAUCUAAUACUCAAGAUUACUUUUAAAACGCCAAAAACACUGGCCAGUGUACUAUAUACAUGUUACCAGAAGAGUUAUCUCUGUUUUCCUUUAUAGGAAGUUCAUAGUAAAGGGAUUAUUUUCAUUGCCCAUAAAGACAAGACUACAGUUUUCAGCUUUAUAUUACCCGGAUAUGGAAAGAAAUGCCGUUUUGCGCUGCAUGUUCUGUCCUAAGCGUCACCUUGAGCCUUGCACAUGAGAUCCAGACCCUUGCUUUGAUUUAAAACAAAAAUGGCAGUUUCAGAGUAAAGAAAAUGUCUAUAGUUAAUUGAACAGGCAGAAAUAAUCCAACUGACUUCAUUGAUGUCAUAUAGUUCUGCAGCAAAUUUGGAUAAGAAUCUGUAAACCCAUAAACGUUUUACUCAGACAGUUGAUAUAUUUAAACUUUUACAUUAAAAAGAUGGAGGAAGUGAAGUGUGGCUUAAUAGAACAACAA